AUGAGACGCUCCAGCACAGAUGAAACUCCUUACCGGCGCAGUCCGUCUCUGGACAGCAAGCCUGACACGCCGCCGUUCAGCUCUGGCUUUCACCGCUACAGUGGCGAGUUUGAGUACAAGCGGCCGCCAUUUGCGUUUGGCUUCCACACGGCGAAGGGGCCCCAGUCAUCAAAGGGACGCUACGGCCAGGGGAAGAAAUAUGUAGUGUUUUACCUGGACCUGUCCUUCAUAUUCCUCCUAGAGUUGCGUCGCUGCAGGAUGGCCGAGGGUUGCAUGAUUGGCCUGCGCUAUGGGAUGGUCUUCUUCAACCUCCUGUUCUGGCUGGGAGGAUGUGGAAUCCUCGGGGUUGGGGUCUGGCUCUCGGUGACCCAGGGAAACUUUGCCACCCUGUCAUCAUCCCUCCCCUCCCUUUCGGCAGCCAACCUGCUCAUUGCGGUAGGGACCAUCAUCAUGGUGAUUGGCUGCCUGGGCUGCGUUGGAGCUGUCAAAGAGAGCCGUCCACUGCUGCUGACCUUUUUCAUCCUCCUUCUCCUGAUCUUCGUCCUGGAGAUCCUGUCCAUCAUGCUUUUUGUCAUCUAUCAAGAUAAGAUUGACUACUAUGCCCAGAAGGAUCUGAAGAGGGGCCUACAGCUCUUUGGCACGGAAGGCAACGUGGGAUUGACCAAUGCCUGGAUGAUCGUACAAACGGAUUUUCGCUGUUGUGGGGUGACCAACCACACCGACUGGUUUGAGGUUUACAAUGCGACACGCGUGCCUGACUCCUGCUGCCUGGAAUACAGUGACAACUGUGGCCUGGACAACCCGGGAACGUGGUGGACAGCGCCGUGCUACGAGCGGGUAAAGGACUGGCUGAAUGAGAACCUGGUGGCACUUUGGAUCUUCGCCCUCUGCACUGCACUCACACAGAUUCUGGGCCUGGUGUUCUCCAUGACCAUGUUCUGUCAGGCGGUGAAAGUGGAAACCUUCUACGCCUAGCGGAUGACAGAUCUCUUAUCAUUCAAGGGACUUGGAAGGUUUCUCAUCAAGUGAGAGAAACCGAGAUAAGACACAGAUCAGGUCAUCGUCCCUCCUCCACAGACACUUCUUUCCAACCUUUUCCCUCUGUGCAAAACUCCUUUCCCGUGUUGCCGACUGACUGUCAUGAAGUUACACAACAUCCUGCUAUCAAGGAGCACAAUGUCCGCGUAAUACCUGAAUGGUUGAGUUUUAUGGUUUGCUCUGUGUCGAAAGCUCAUUUCUGUGAUCAACAUGCGGUAUUAUGACUAUAUAUGACAAAUGUAACCCUUUUUUUUAAUAUAUGUGUUUUAAAUUAUUUCAUGGUUUGUAAACGUGUUUUCAUAUGAGAGCUUUAUUGAAUGUUGACGACGCAUACGGCGAAGGAAGUGCUGGGAGUGCAUGGCACCUGCAAUGUUGUGUAUUAAAUGUUUUGGCUUGUCUAAACGACACUUGUCAUCACAUCUUUCUUCAGUCAGAAGAGCCGAGGCGUUGUGAUUCGUAAUCCUACUGUGACAUGCCUGGAUUCUUAGUUCGCUGAAUACGUAAGCGUGCAGAUGGGAACCAAGCUGAGAGCUGAUGUCUGACAUUGUGAACCUGUACCUCCUCUCUGGCUGACACUCCUAAUUUUCUGUAAUAUGCACAUAAUUUUUGUGGCAAUUAACUAAUUGGUAAUUAACAAGCAGAAAUGGAGAAAAAAAAGGGGGAUAAGUCUGAUGAAAGUAAGUGCUUUGCUAAUUUAUACACUGUGGAACAUGUUGCCUUUUCAUUAAAUGGGACUUCUCUCUCUGA